UCAGACUUAUGCUUUAAGCAAUGCCAAUGAAGUAACCAAUUCAUCAACUGCUCUAACACCCUGGCAGGCUCACAGAAAUCAAGCUGUACUCAAAUGUUUAUAGUUACUUGCAUGUGAAUAUAAUCAUCAUAAUGGGCUGGUUGAGUUGAACAUGGGAAAUGAAAUGGGGAACAAUAACACAUCUGGAUUGCGAGAAGAAGAUAAUACAACUCGGGAUAUAUCUCAAAAAGAAGUUGCUUAUGCAGAUGAUUUCAAGGGACAAAAUCAUGUAGUUCCUACAGCUCAAGAUAAGGAUUUUCAAGGAAAAGAGACAGGGUUAGCUUCUGGUGAUGUAGGCAGAGAAGAUCCCAAUGUUGACGACCAAAAAACAGAUAAUAAAGAAGAAGAUGACAUGAAAACUGAGGGCAAGAAAUCUCUGCAAGAAGCUGCUCCAGCAGAUGAUGUCAAGGGACAAAAUCAUGAAGUUCCUGCAUCUGAAGAUGUAUAUAAAAAUGAAAAAGACACAGGUUUGGCUUCUACUAAUCUCGAGGGAGUGGCAGAACCUCAUUAUGACAACCACAAACAGGAUGAGAAAGAAGACCAUAGUAACAUAAUUCAUCAAGCAAAAGAAAAAUCCUUGCAAGAAGCUGCUUACACAGAUGAGGCAACAGGACAAGAUUGUUUAGCUCCUGCAGCUGAAGAUAAAAAUACUCAUGGAAAUGAGACAGAUUUAGUUUCCUGUGAACCUGAUGAAAUAGCAUCUCCUCAUGUUCACAACCAGAAACAGGAUGAGAAAGAAGACUAUAGUAACAUAAUACCUGAAGCUAAGGAAAAAUCCUUGCUAGAAGCUGCUUACACAGAUGAGGCAACAGGACAAGAUUGUUUGGUUCCUGCAGCUGAAAAUAAAAAUAUCCAGGGAAAUGAGACAGAUUUGGUUUCUAGUGAACCUGAUGGAAUAGCAUCUCCUCAUGUUGACAACCAGAAGCAGGAUGAGAAAGAAGAAGAUAGUAGCACAAAUCUCCAAGCUGAGGAUAAAUCCUUGCAAGAAGUCGCUAGUACAGAUGAAGCAAAAGCACAAACUCACCUAGUUCCUACAGUUGCAGAUAAAAAUACUCAUGAAAUGGACACAGGGUUGGUUUCUAGUGAUCCUGAUGUAAUGGCAUUUCCUUGUGUUGAAAGCCAGAAACAGGAUGAGAAAGAAGAAGAUAAUAACAUAAACGAUGAAACUGAAGAAAAAUCCUCACAAGAAGUUGCUAGCACAGAUUUAGCAGAAAGACAAGAUCAUCUACUGCCUGUAGUUGAAGAUGAAAACCCUCAUGAAAAUGAGAACGGGUUGGUUUCCAGUGACUCUGAGCGAACAGCAUAUCCUUAUGGUGACAAUCCAAAACAGGAUGAGAAAGAAGAGGACAACACAAAUGCUGAACCUCAGGAAAAACCUCUGGCAAAAGAUAAUCAUGCAGGUGAUGUUGAAGAAAAAAACCUAACCAUUCCUGCAGCUGAAGGUGAAGAUUGUAAUAAAACAGGGGCAGAGGCAGAAUUGGCUUCUGGUUACCCAAUGGCAGUAGUAGAUACUCUUCAUAACCAGACACUAGAAGGGCGAGAACAAGUUAAAACUGAACUUCAUCCAUCAGCUGAGUGUACAAAAGUUGAAGCAAAACCAAGUGAAGCAGUUGACGAAGGCAGGGAAACCCAAUCAGCUUCUUCACCCGAGGACUUGAAAGAUGAUGAGAAGCAACAAGAAUCAAAUUUGGAGGAGAAUCCGUCUGGAACAAGUCAUCAUUUCGAGAAUCAGAACUUCAUGAUGAAAGAGGAUGAGGGGACUAGAGAUUCAACUUCCAAUGCAGCAUCUUCUACUUCACAUGAUUCAGUACCUCAAGAACCUAAAGUUCUAGUGCCUGAACAGUAUGAAUCGGCCAAAAUCCACACUGAGCAACUGGUACAAGCGUGCAAUGGGCCACAGAAAAGUGAGCAUGUGAUCAUACCAUAUUUAACAUGUCCAGAUCAGGAAAAUGGUUUCAUUUCAGAUCCUAGCAUUUCAACUGAUAUGGUCGAGAGUGUUUGUCCUGAUUCCAGUUCAAAGAUAGAAAAGGAAACGGAUGACUUUUGGGUGAAAGAGAUGGCAACCAAAGAAGUGAGCAGUGAAGAGAAUUUUGAACAUAGAGAUGGGGAUGAGGCUGGGAAUAGUUUAGGAAAUAUAACCACAACAAUGACCGACUUGCCUAAUGGAGUUGAAGCCAAACGCAAUGGAGAGUUACCAAGUGAGAUGAAGUCAAUUCAAAAUGAUUCCCCUGAAUCACAAGUAGAAGUUAUUCUGGCAGAUGAGACACCGAAUUUGCAAUUGGAUGUUUCAGAAACUGAAGACAAAGGCAUAGUUCCCAGUCAUAAAGCCAUAUUGGUAAGGGAAGAAUCAGAAAAUGGAGAUAGCAAGCUUUCUCACUGCCCAAUUCAAUCUGAAGAGGAGUCAAUCAAAAAAUCAAAUGGCAUGGGGUCUGAAGAAGGAUCAAACGCUGAUGAGCCAAGUGCCUCUCCACCUCAAUUUAUGAUGAAUGGUCAUGUGAACGAGGAAACAAGAUGUCUGCUCGAUACUUCCUGUGAUUCUAAGAGCAGAAAGGACUCUCAAUUUGAGGAGGCAAAGACUGUCGAGAACGGUCUUAUCAUUGAUGUGCCAAUUAACUACCAGAAUGGAGCUAUUGAGGAACAACAAAAGGACUCACAAAAGAAAGAAGUUCACUUGGUCACUGACCAUGCAAUGAUUUCUGCAGAUAUUUUUCUCUCAGAUCAAAAAGACAAAGAAGAAUCAGAAGAGAAGAAUAUUAUCGAAGAAAUGCCGGAAAAAAUUGAAGAUUUAAAUUCCAUUGGAAAUGAUACAUCAAGCAGAGAAAGUGGAGAGCAAUGUAUAUCUCAUUCAUAUCCUAUAGAACAAGCAGAAGCAUUUCUUAGCCCAUCUCAUUCAAAUCAAAACUUGACAGAGAGAAAUGUAAUUUCCAUGGCUGAACUGGCUGGUGAGAAACCUGUAUGGGAUCUUUCAAAUCGUCCAAAAACAACUCCAGUGACAAUGGCAGAGACUAAGCCUUCAGUAAAACAGUGUAGCGAACAACGUGCAAUUGCUGAAACACCUGCUAUUGCUAAUGGUGAUUAUUACCAACAAGAAAGUGUGGGAAGGCUCAGCACUGGAUCAAAUUCUGAUAACAUGAGUAUUAAUUCUCAAAUGCGGAAAUCCCCGAGCUUUGACCUUGAUCUUCGAAUCCAUGCACGAGCAGAGGAAUCAGAUCAAACCCCUUUGCUGUAUCAGGAUAAGCCUACAAUCGACAGCUUCUCAAGCCAGGCCGAUGAUACUCUUGGAAAACCACUAGCAAACACUGAGCAUGGUAAAAAUUCAUUACAGUAUGAAGCAAUGCCAGUGGAGGAGAAAGUUGUUACAUUAGAAAGAAGUGAUUCUGAGAAGUCAAAAACUCCAUUUCUCGGUUUCUUGAGAGAAGAAGAAGAAGCUCAUAUGUUGAUUACUCCAAAGAAACAAGACAACCAUUCUGCUGCAAAGAAGGCAACCCAGGUUUCACAUAAGGAAGUCACACCUGCUCCACCAAAAGGUAAAGUAAAGCGCAAGCCUAGGACCUCUCUCUUUGGCACCUGCAUGUGUUGUGCAACUGUGAUCAAUUAAACACUUUUGGAAUGCCUUUUUCAUGUUCCCAGUUUCAUUUUUUCUUUCACUAUUUGUUUUGGUUUGGUUGGGGUUUCUAUUUUCUUCUUCUCCUUCAAUUUCCCGAUUCAAGUUUUUUCUCAAGUGGAGUUUUGGUUGAGGAGAGAUCAGCUGUGGCUUAAAUUAAUUUAUUUGAGAGAUGAAAUGAUAUAGAGUGAAACAACCUUGUAACUAUAUGACUGGAAUUUGUUUUUCUUUCUGUAUUUUGUAUAGACUUACGCUGGCCUGUUGAUGUAAGUUUCUGAUGGUUGAGGAGAGAAUUUGUAAGUUAGGCAGCA